AUGUCAAUAAUUGAACUACUGAAUGAAAUAGGAAAACUAGCCGAAAUUAUAAAUGAGAAAAACCGUGAACUAGAGAAUUUACGCAAGAACUAUGAUUCUAAGUUACAGGUGAUUAAUAAAUACAUCGAAGAUUUAUCUUUGUCCUCAUCACCACUCCCAUCACUAGAUACAAUUACCGAUGAAAAUCUAAUCACAAGAUUAUCUACACCAAUUGAAUGUCCUAAUUGUCAUAAUAGAGUAUGGGAAAAUUCAAAGAAUUCAGAUUUUUUAUUAAUACCUAAACACAAAAUCACUACCGGGUCCGAGUUGCAGCAGGAAGAUACUAGUUUAACAACACUGACACAGUCUCUACCACCUUUGUCUAACAAACCAAGCAAAAACAAAUCAAAAAUAGAAUGUUCAUAUUGCAAAAAGAAAGGUCAUACUAGAGCUAAAUGUCGAAUAAGGUUAAAUACUCCAAUUUCUACAAAUAAUCACAACACCUAA